UCAUUGGUUCGGCGGCGGCUUCGCGUCCUGUUGAAGAGGCCAUCUUCUAUUUCUGAGGCCAACAGAUAGUGAGGCUGGGGAAUCGUUUUGUCCUGCUACACUGGCUGGCUCCCUUGUGAAGCUUUUCGCUUUGGGUCCAUGGUCGUGCGGAGCCACGCCGCGCUGCCUUAGGCGGUCGUGCUGACUGAGCUGUCGGGCCGCUGUGCGUCGGCCGUCGCCCUUGCUUUUCCUACUUGACGCUGGGCGGCGCUCAUGAACAGGGGAUAAAUGGCGCCGAAAGCAGACAGCGGCGUGUUGGCUCCUCUCGCCCUCCUCCUCGCCCUCGUCCUGACUGAGCAGCCCCGGACAGGUUCCCGGCUCACUGCAGCUCGGCGGCUGACAGAGCAUCGCUGUCCUCCCGGCCAGUUCGACUGUCGCAGCGGCAGGAUGCAGUGCAUCCCCAUGUCCUGGCGGUGUGAUGGCUGGACGGCCUGCGAGGACAGGAGUGACGAGCUGCACUGUCCCCCUACAAGAGAGGAGCGCUUCCACCACGGGAUCGGCCUCGAGCAGGCGGAGGACGUUGUGGGUGUGGCCCAACCCAUACGCUUCAAUAAGAAAUGCCCCACCGGGUGGCACCACUACGAGAAGACAGCCAGCUGCUACCGGGUCCACCCUGAGAGCGAGAGCUACUGGCAGGCACUGGAGACGUGCCAGAGGGUAAAUGGCUGGCUGGCCACCUUCGUCACCAGUGAGGAGCUGCAGUUCAUCCUGCAAAUCGAGGUGGAUGAGACGGUGUGCGGUCGCAAGGACCAGUGCAAGUUCUGGGUCGGCUACCAGUAUGUAACUGCGAGCAAGAACCACAGCCUGGAGGGCCAGUGGGAGGUGGCGAGUAAGGGUCCCAUGCAGGUGUUCCUGCCUCCCGAAGGCCUGACCGGUUUUGCUGAGGCCUUACCCAGCCAGGAGAGCGUCUUCUGUGCCCAGCUGCAGCGCUUCCCGAUGAAGAGCAUGAACGAGCGUGGCCUUCACAGCUGGCAUGCUGAGAAUUGCAAUAGGAAAUUCCCCUUCCUCUGCAAGAGGAGACAGACGUGCGUGGACAUCACGGACAAUGUGGUGAGCGAGGGCUACUACUUCACGCCCAAGGGAGACGACCCAUGCCUGAGCUGCACGUGUCACGCCGGCGAGCCAGAGAUGUGUGUGGCGGCGCUGUGCGAGCGGCCGCAGGGCUGCCUGCACUUCCGCAAGGACCCCCGCCAGUGCUGCAAGUUCACCUGUCUGGAUUCUGAUGGAAACGGUCUCUUUGACUCCAUGGCCAGCGGGGUGCGGUUGAUGGUCAGCUGUGUCUCCUCCUUCCUCGUUCUCUCCCUGCUGCUCUUCACCAUCCACCGGCUCCGUCAGCGCCGCCGCCAGCGUAUUGAGACUCUCAUCGGGGGGAACUUGCACCCCUUUGGUUGUAGGAUGCCUGGGUUUGAGUAUGACCCGCGUGGGUUUGGAGCCAGCCUCGCACCCCUGCGGCUGUCCGACGAUGGCGUUGGUGGGGCUUUUCGCUUUCAUGAGCCGCCCCCUCCCUACGCCGCGUUCAAGUACCCGGACAUGCCGCCCCCGGAGGACCCCCCCCCGCCAUAUGAGGCCUCCAUCAGCCCCGAUGCCGUGCUUUAUGUGGAUUUGGGAAGAGAUGGCUCAGCCACCACAGAUGGCCACCCCUCCAGCGUUGAAUCCUGCCAUCCCCAGCGAGAUGCCCAAGAGGUGGGCUCGACGUCAAGGCGCCCCCCGGUGGAACAUGAGGACUCUGCUGACAGCAACACCUUCCUGGUGUCCCUGGACACCCCGAUGGGCAGCACCAUGACCGCUGUGUCCGCCCGUACCAGCAUCUGCUCCCUCAACACUAUCGUGUAGGGCCAGGGCGGGGAGGGGGGCAUGUCUGGCGGAAUGGGGGAGGCAGCUAUGUGCCAGAAAGGAAAACCCUGUCUCUCCCGCGGGCUUCGGGUAAAUAUGACACGUUUGUGGGUUUUUGGCAGAGCUCUCCAAUGCAUCUUAGCAGGCUGCUGUAUAUGGAUCAGAGCCGCAUAUGCUCGGUUUUGGGUGGGUGUGAGACCUGCGUUCUGAUGCAAUCUGUAGCAGUUCACCUUGGGUAUGUAUUACAGGAGGGCGGGUUGCGCAUCAGGAGUGCGCUGUAGUCCAGUGUCUUCAGCACCACCUGCUCUGCCCAACCUUAGAUGCCAGUGGAACAUGGCACUGUGGGAGCUGCCAUCUAACCGCAUCUCCUGCACUCUUGCCGUCUUGCUCGCAGGUUGCUGGUUUGCAGGUAUUUGGUGUAGUCUUGCACUGACCAGCGUUGUUUCUGGGGUGUGAUGUAUGUCCACAUCGUCACACAGGGGAAUAAUGGCUGAUUUGGACAAAGACCCGAAAGGUUCUGCAAGCAUUUAAUAUGUGGUGCACAAUGCUGGAGACGGAGCUGUACUGUCGGCAAAUACUGGGGGUCUGAGCUCUGACAACUCCUGAGGGGCACUAAGACGGAUGCACGGGCAGCUGUUCCGUCCCCCACGGCUUUUACUGCCAGGGAUGCAAACUUAUCUUUCAGUGAAAUUUGUCUUUUUGAGCCCAAAUUCGGACACGUGUGAUUUAUGUAGAUCCAAUGAGCUUUUUUAACGGGGGCGGGCGGUCUGCAAGGAUAUCGUCAUGGGUAAACAACCUCUCCUGGGAAAAACCAGAAAGCUCUUGGCUUCAAACUGGUGCUCGCAAAUGCAGCGUAUCUGCAGACUGAAGAGCGUUGAGGUUAGGGGUGAAACUUACUGGUUUCACAGUGAAACCGUGGAUGAUUGCCGUGUAAGUUCAGUCCAGAAUUAACUAAAGUCUCCCAGAUGCAGGUACGCAGAUGUGGCGUGCAGUGUGGGUUUGUUUAGUAUCGAUGAGACAUGACGGAGGGCAGUCACAGCACUCCAGAAAAGCCUGACCAGUCUGAAGUGUGGUCGUAUAUUGGUUUUAAUUUUUGUCGUCACCGCCCAUGACUUUAUAGCGAAGGUAAGGUAUGUUAACUUUUAGCUCAGUAUAUGAUGUGUGAGCUUCGGAAUGGGGGAAAUGUCAUUAUUUGUCCAAAUUGCUAAUCGCUUGUCAGUAAUGUAAGCUGAAGCUUUCAUGUUACCGUCUCACAAAAACAUGUCAUCAGUUGUGUAGUUGAGCUGGUGCCUUUCGCUGUAGCCUCAAAGCCAGCUGAAUGCCCGUUAGCUGCUAAUGGCCCAAGCGGUGUCCCAUUUGUAGCAGUUUUUGUCCCCAAUGUACUUGGUUUACUUUGGGCACCAUUUAUUGGGGUAAACAAUACAGCAAACUGCAGUCUGGUACUUCAUUUUCCCUUCUGUAGAUCCCUGCCACCUCUUUCACCCCUAAUGAGUUUGCACCCCUGACUGUGUGCCCUGAACCUGAGGGGGAGGGGAGGGUUAGUGGGAGGGGUCACAGCUGUUCUUGAGAGAAAAUCAGAUCUGCGGCAAUAAUGGUAUAACCUUGCUGUGCAGCAUCACUGAAGAGUGGAUGGUCUGUCUGUAAACAUCAAGCUGUUAAUCUGGACUCUUUAGCUCCCUUUAUUCUGUACAUUAUUUAUAAACUCCGGGCAGAAUGACCUUUUAUUCUUGAACGAAUGUUUCUGUGAAAUAGCCAAAGCCGCUGCUGGCUUGCAGUCUUCACAUGUCUGCUGUGUUCAGAAGGCUGUGUGGCUGCGUGUGUCAGGCAUGGAUACAUAACCGCUACGCGAUUGUGCUCGCCGGAGGAAAAGGCCACAACCUAAUGUAUGCGGUGAACAUGGUGUACCCUGGACUCUCGUCAUCUGCACUACGGAGCUCCUGCCUGGGUUUUGGACGGGCUGUGAGGCCACCUGUGGGCACCGUGUAACUUGGCAGGGCCUGUGACAGGUUGCUGACUUGCAUUUGGAAUGAAGAUGUCUGAGGGCUGUUGGAGCACCUUGGUUAUAACGGCUCACUGUAAAGCAAGACGUUUUUCUGCUUGUGCUUUGCCGCCUUUGAUUCCGUGCUUUUCGGUUUACUUGGUCUUUGACAAAUCAGGAAUGUUCCAAGUCUUCAAGUUCUGCUGAAAUCUGUCCUGGAGCAUCUGAUAUUUAAUUUUCUGAUGACGUAACAUGCAUGAUGUCAUCUGGAUACUUAUGGAGGCACAAUUUUAUGCUGCAGGUCUGUGGGCCAUUUUAGGUGUUGGAGGCCCCACCCUAUUUUUUUUUUUAUAUAUAUAUUUUUUAUUAUUAUUGUUAUUUUUUUACAAUGGUGUAUUAUGGAGGGAAGGGUGGGGCAGGUCCUGCCCUGAUAACAUUUGCUAAGGAAGGAUGGGGGUGUUAAGAUGUUAUUAAACAAAGUUGGUUGAAGCCCCUUGCUAGUGAGGCAUGUGGGCUUCAGCCUGGGUGGACCCGUGCAUUAAAGCGCCCCUGUCCGCUUCAGCCUGGGAGGACCCGUGCAUUAAAGCUCCCCUGUCCGCUUCAGCCUGGGCGGACCCGUGCAUUAAAGCUCCCCUGUCCGCUUCAGCCUGGGCGGACCCGUGCAUUAAAGCUCCCCUGUCCGCUUCAGCCUGGGAGGACCCGUGCAUUAAAGCUCCCCUGUCCGCUUCAGCCUGGGAGGACCCGUGCAUUAAAGCGCCCCUGUCCGCUUCAGCCUGGGCGGACCCGUGCAUUAAAGCUCCCCUGUCCGCUUCAGCCUGGGCGGACCCGUGCAUUAAAGCUCCCCUGUCCGCUUCAGCCUGGGCGGACCCGUGCAUUAAAGCUCCCCUGUCCGCUUCAGCCUGGGAGGACCCGUGCAUUAAAGCGCCCCUGUCCGCUUCAGCCUGGGCGGACCCGUGCAUUAAAGCUCCCCUGUCCGCUUCAGCCUGGGAGGACCCGUGCAUUAAAGCUCCCCUGUCCGCUUCAGCCUGGGUGGACCCGUGCAUUAAAGCGCCCCUGUCUGCUUCAGCCCUUUGGAGACGAAGUGUGACAUCCUUAGUGCUGAAACAGCCUUCCACAGUUGCUGCACUUGCAAAAAUCUGAAGUACAUCUUUUGUGAAACGCUUUCUGUAAUCACAGAAAAAGGAAAAUGGUUUUGAUAUAAAAAAAAAUUUCUCAAAAUAAGUUUGGAGUGUUUGCAUCGGAAAGACCAGGAAAAAAAAUAUAUUUUUGGGUCUGAAUGAAACAUCUGAAUUCAAUGAUUAAGAAGUGUGUCCCGAUUUGCGUGUAUGCACUUUUUUAGAAUUAAAUUUACGCAAAGUUAUAUAAACGAGGCUCCUGGUUGUCCAAAUAAGGCGUUAGUAGCGCUGAGCACAGGUAUUGCCACUAGGUGUCACUGUAGGAGCACUUUUAAAGCCACUUCCCUGCAGAAUGGCAAAUUAAGAGUUUCAUUUAUUUCCUUUAUCCCCAGGAUAGGCGAUCAGUUACGUUUUCUGCUAAAUAAAGAUUUGCUUUCUUAA